GAACUAGACGUCAAGGCCCAACUUUUCCCCCCAUUCUCCCGCGGACCAGGAGAUGUUCCAGGUCCAGAUAACUCUGCGGUGGGAGAUCUGAACAUAGGGCCCUUUAAUUCUGGGAAGAGCCGGGUGUAGCCUUAAGGAAAACUGUAAUCGACCCGAUCGUCAACGCUCACUACUCGGACUCAAGAUGGCGGAUCCUCUGGCUGGAGUUGACGGUCACAUUCAGGAGAACCUCUGCCAUGACGUCAUAAAGGAAGCCUUAGAAUCGGGAAGGGAUCUACGUGAAUAUUCGAGGAGUGUCGAUCAGCAGUUGAAGGGAACGGAAGACGAAGCAAUCAAAGAUUACAUGGAAAACUGCAAAGAUAUCGCUGCGUUACACAAUGAAAUUGCCUCUUGUGACGGUAUACUACAGGUCAUGGAGAACAUACUCCGGGGAUUCCAGAACGACUUGGGCUCAAUCUCGUCUGAGAUCCAGAGUCUUCAGCGACAGUCAGUGGCCAUGAAUCUCCAGCUGAAGAAUCGUCAAGCUGUCAAAGGGGAAUUGAGUCAAUUCGUUGACGACUUCAUUGUCCCGGAGUCCACAAUCAACGUUAUCCUGGAUUGCCCUGUUACCGACGAGGAGUUCCUCGCGCAACUGUCUCUCCUAGAUCAGAAGAUAUCAUUCGUGAAAGUUCAAAGUUUCAAAGAAGCCUCAUCUUGUCAGGACGUCAAGGACAUUCUGGACAAACUCAAAGUCUGCGCCGUCACGAAGAUUCGAGAGUGGCUCCUCCAAAAAGUGUUCUCCUUCCGGAAACCCAACGCCAACUUCCAGCUUCCGCAGAACGCCAUGCUCAAGCACAAACUCUUCUUUCAAUUUUUGGCCACUCACGAACGAGAAGUCGCCAAGGAAGUUAGAGAGGAAUAUGUUAACACAAUGAGCAAGGUCUACUACUCUUAUUUCAAAGCCUACCAUAGCCGUCUCAUGAAACUUCAGUUCGACGACGUUCCGGACAAAGACGAUCUGAUGGGCGUGGACGACACACCGAAAUGGGGACUGUUCAAUAAGCCGUCCCUAAAAAAUCGAUCGACGAUAUUCACUUUAGGGAACCGCAAUGCCGUCAUGUCCGUCGAGUUGGAGGCUCCGGUUAUCGUGCCUCAUGCUUCAGCAAAAAAUGAAAAACACUAUCCGUUCGAGCAGCUGUUCCGUUCCAUGCAGUACGCGCUCUGUGAUAACGCGGCUCGAGAAUACCUUUUCAUCUCGGAGUUCUUCCUCUUGACGAAAUCCGGCGCCGCAGAAGCGUUCGAUAGUAUCAUGGGGAAGAGCAUGUCGAUGUUCGCAAAGUACACGGAGACCUUCGUCGCGGAAUGUUUCGAUUCCAUCGCGCUUUUCCUCUGCAUUCACGUUGUGCAUAAGUUGCGGAUACUGAUGCACCAACGUAAUGUGCCGGUUCUUGAUAGCUACUGGGACGUCCUGGUCGCCAAUAUUUUCCCGCGCUUCGAAACCAUCCUCAGACUGAACAUAAACUCCAUCAGAGAUUGCGAUCCGUCUAAAUUAGGGAGCAUCGACAAUCGACCACACUACAUAACGAGGCGGUACGCAGAAUUCUCCGCGGCUAUCGUAAGCAUCAAUGAGAAUCACCCGGACGAGAGAGUGAGCAUCCUGCUGGGGCAGCUUCAGAUGGAGGUCGAGAACUUCAUCUUGAAAAUGGCGGCGGAGUUCAAUGGGCGGAAGGAUCAACUUAUUUUUCUUAUCAACAAUUACGAUAUGAUGCUCGGCGUCUUGCAACAAAGAACCCACGAGGAUUCAAAGGAAACCACGAACUUCAGAACCUUAUUGACGGCUCGUCAGAACGAAUACGUUGAGCAGAUUCUCACGAUUCAUUUCGGAGGAAUGAUGACUUUCAUCAAGGAAUGCGAGUUCUACAUCGAGAAAGGUCAGAGCGAAAAACUGGAGAAAGAAUCGCACAAGGUUGCCACUCUCGUCAGAGGUUUCAACUCCGGUUGGAAGAAAGCAAUCGACGACAUGAACGCGGAUUUCAUGAAAACUUUCACCAACUUCAAAUGCGGGACCAAUAUCCUUCAAGAAGCUCUCAAACAGUUGCUGCAAUACUACCAUCGCUUCAAUAAGGUUGUCUCGCAACCGCCCCUCAACGCCUUGCCCGUCCGGUCCGAGCUCAUCAACAUUCACCAUCUUAUGGUUGAUAUAAAAAAAUACAAAGCAACAUUCUGAUUCCGGGGUUCCCUUGAGAGAAAUCAAUAUCGAACGUCAAUAUACCCGGUGUCUCCCGUUGUGCUCACGCAAUCAGACGUGCUUGUGAUAUAGAGAAAACCAUGUAUAGAUAAGGGGACAAUUUUAUCAACUAAAGACAAUUUUGGUCACGGUUACGGUGCGAGUUCAUUCGGGCAUUCUUUCCGUGUAGCUCUUUGGUGACGAGUCGGGAAGACUCGUUCCUCACCAACAGAGCCAGUCCUGCGAAGAGCCUGUCACCGGGGGGAAUCUUCGAGGGAAGCCGCUCCAGCGGAUCCGGCUCCGGCGUUACCGGAAUAAAUUCCCAUGCUGGA